AGCUAGACAAGAGCUGCAAAAUCGAUAAAUUUAUAUAUUUUUUCUGUGCCUACAACUCCUCGUCCUGGUUCCGUGUAUUUGUUACUAGAAGCGCAAAUAAUUUAUUCGAACCGCUCUCUUUUCUCCUAAGUGCAACUUUUAUCAGGAUGGCGUCUCGAAACCGAAAUUGGAUGGCGCUGGGUCGACUUCCGACAUUUCUGGGUUUCUGUUGCUUCAUUUUCCUGAACGUUCCUCCCUGCGCUCGAAGUUUGGAGGUGGAACAUAGUACACGACGACACAGUGAAAAUAACCUGGAGCACGACAAGGACAAGAGGCAGCAGCAGGCCUCCACAGCCGUCGAAGAACAUGAGGGGGAACAAAUGAAGAACCAAACUCGCGAAAAAGAACUGGUGCAGACCACAACAAGUGCGGCUUGGCCGCGAUGGCAGCGGAUGAAGGACCAAUUUUGGAAUGCGACAAGCCGGAUGAAGAACUUUUUUGGAAACGCGUUUGCCCGGGCGAAAGACCGCGUGACGGGGGCGGUGACCGAUACCAAAAAGUCGGUCGGCAGUGCCGUGAGCACGGCCACCGACACCGUGACCAGCGCCACCCAUGCCGCCACACAAGCCGCCCAAUCCGCGACACACGCUGUUAGCGACGCGAUAAACAAG